AUGGGUAGAAAAGCAGCAACAAACGACAUCAUCGCAGCGCUGGUGACCACAUUGAGCGAUGCCAAUAAAUGGGUUAGAAGUCAUGCAUGUAAAGUUCUCAGCCAGAUGGGUGAAAAAGCAGCUACGAAAGAGGUGAUCGCAGCGCUGGUGGCUAAAUUGGACGAUGAAGAUGAUUAUGUCAUAUGUAAGGCAUGCGAAGCUCUCGGUCGAAUAGGUGACAUAGCCGCAACACAUGAUGUGGUCGCAGCGCUGAUAAUCGCGCUUGGGGAUACGAAUGAUAUUGUCAGAGAGAGAGCAUGUGUGGCUCUCGGUCAAAUAGGUGAAAAAGCAGCAACAAACGACGUAAUUGUAGCUCUGGUAACUACGCUGGGGGAUGCGAAUAAUAUUGUCAGAUGUGAGGCAUGUGAAGCUCUAGGUCGAAUAGCUGAAAAAGUAUCAACACAAGAUGUGAUCCCAAUCCUGGUGACCGCACUAGGAGAUGCUAAUCAAUGGAUUAGAAGUAACACAUGUAAAGUUCUCGGUCAGAUGGGUGAAAAAGCAGCGACGAAAGAAGCGAUCGCAGCGCUGGUAGCCAAACUGGGGGAUGAAGACGAUUUUGUCAAAAUUCAAGCAUGUGAAGUUCUAGGUCGAAUAGGUGAAAAUGCAGCAACACAGGACGUGGUCGUAGCGUUGGUGACCGCACUGGGAUCUGUUGAUGGUUGGGUCAGACAGAGCGCAUGUAUAGCUCUUGGUGAAAUGGGUGUUAAAGCAGCGACGAAGGAAGUGAUCGCAGCGAUCGUGACCAAACUGGCGGAUGGUGAUGAUUUUGUCAAGUUUAAGGCAUAUAAAGUUCUCUGUCAGAUGGGUGAAAAAGGAGCAACAGACGACGUAAUCCCAGUCCUGGUGACAGCACUAAGAUCUGCUGAUCGUUGGAACAGAGAGGGCGCAUGUGUAGCUCUCGGUAAGAUGGGUGUUAAAGCAGCAACGAACGACGUGAUCAAAGCUCUGAUGACCUCAUUAGGGGAUGCAGAUGAUAUUAUCAGACUGAAGGCAUGUGAAGCUCUCGGUCAGAUGGGUGAAAAAGCAGCGACGAAUUACGUGAUUGCAGCGCUGCUGAUCGCACUAAGAGAUAUCAAUGAUCAUGUGAGACAAGAAGCAUGCAAAGUACUCAGUCAGAUGGAUGAUAAAAUAGCAACAAACGACGUGAUUGCAGCGCUGGUGAUCGCACUGAGGGAUGUCAAUGAUCAUGUGAGACAAGAAGCAUGCAAAGUACUCAGUCAGAUGGAUGAUAAAAUAGCAGCAGACGAUGUGAUUGUAGCACUGGUGAACACACUAGGAGAUGUGAAUGAUGAUGUUAGACAGAAAGCAUAUGAAGUCCUCGGUUGCGUCAGUAAAAAAGGAGCAACGAACGAUAUGAUUGCCUUAUUAGUGGAUGCAUUAAAAGAUGCAAAAGCUUGGAAGAAGGCGUGUAAAGCUCUCGGUCGCAUCGGAGGAAAAGCAGCAACAAGUAGCGUUAUUCACGGGUUAUUAUGUAUUGCUAAUUACGAUGCUUACGCAGCAUUGGAAAAAAUUCUGGUUUCUGCGCCCUCGUUGUGUAACAUAAAUUCGAAUACAGUUUCAAAAUUAUUUGAUUUCUGGAAGCUGCAGGAAUGGCAUGUAAGCAACAUACCUAUGGAAAAGAUUAUGGAGGCGUACAUGUGUACAAAAAUCGCUGAAUGGUGCCCUAUUAUUGGUUUGCAUUCCCUUCAUACCGCUUGCGGUGUUACUAUUGUUGGGGAGAGGGUUAUUGUUUAUGGCAACUCUAAUCCAAUAGGGUUCGACAUGCCGAGUUCCACACUUUCUGAUGACUUAAAUGGCAUGUUUGCUAUUCAGAGUGGUUCGGCUUUUUAUCUGCCAAGAAAUUCGAGAAAUGUCGUUUUACCAUUUAAACGAUCAUUAUCGCCUGUUCUGUACGGAAAUGGUAGUAAACGACCAAAACUACCGUGA